GACAACCCACCUGGCCAUGAGGAGCCCGUGGUGAUGUUGAAAGAGGGUGGCGGAUUGUGCCGACGAUGCUACUACAUCAAGCGAGGAUCGUUGGCCAACAUGCGUCUGUCCGAGUUGGUGCAGAACCUGCAAACCAACGACUCCUUUAAGGACAAGUUCGCACGGAUGCGGGAGUCUGCCACGCAGUUCAGCAUACUGCAUCCAACUCGCAAGUGGAGGCACGAGAAACCUGAUCUCAAGGUUCUCUUGGAGCGCAAGGACGAGGAGUAUGUGGACGUUUCAGAGAUCUACAAGUGGCAGUCUUUGAAAAAGUUCACUGACACAAACUACCCGAGCGAGAAGUUCAAGAACGAUGCACAACGACGGGCGUUUUGCGUCCGUAUGGGCGUGAAGCUCCAGGUGGACGACCGUGGAGUCGAGGGAGUUGCAAUGCCAAAGAAUGGCGCAAAACCUCAAAUAGAGCUGGUUUGGUGGCACUUCUCAGUUCCGACCGACGUUCCGUAUCAUGCUGUGCUUAGCAGCGAAGACGAGGAAAAGGAGAUCAAGAUCGGGCGUCGCAUCAGCAGUGGAAAAAUCAGACAAGAGGACCUGGGAGACGGCAGCGAGUACACCAGGGACGAGAUCGCGGCUCUUCGAGCCAAGAAUGCAAAAGGGAUGGCCAUGAAUCUCAACUCGAAGGAC